AUGAUGGAAGAAUGGAGUGGAAGUAUCGAAGAAGCAUUCAGCGGCGCUAGUUUGGUGGAAGACCCAAAAUGCCUGGAGAAGGUAGUAGCAGCACAGUUUCCGGCUCCAAUGGAAGUAGAUAUCAAAUUUUCACAAAAGACCGUUGAAGAUUGCACUACGCUAGUAAGAGAGUAUCGGAAACACAAAUCUGUGGCUUCUUGCCAUCAAGCCCAAUCCACUAUUUCUGAAAACGAAAAAGUGGAGGUGACGACCGCGAAAGCUAACGAACCUCCUGAAAUAGACUUGAGAAACUUGUUUUAUGAGGUAAAGAAGUUCAGUGUCCGCGGUUACUCUUCGUCGGAAAGGGAGAAACGCAAAGCCCAGCUCGCAGUGUCACUUGGAGCGAAACCCGCCAAACGAAAAUUCGUCAACUACAAGGAACUCAAGGUACAGCGACAGAUGGAAAGGGCUCAAGAGGAGGAAAUGAGGAAAACUUUGAAUCGCAAAAUUGCAAAGUCUAAAGCCAAGAAGAAGGGCAGAAAAUCAAAGAAAUCCCGACACAAAUAA